AUAUUUAUUAUUCCUCCCGAGAUUUUUUUUAUUUAUUUCAUUAUUAUUAUUUUUUUUUUUUGAAAGCCGACAAUCCCUCGGAGUCAAUAAUUAAGGAUCGCGGCCGUCCUCGGCGAAGAUAAAUGAGCGGCGUUUGAGAGAUGAGGUACAAAGCGAACCUUCGGCGGAUGCCACGAGCGAAAGAGCCGUUGGGCGAAUGGGGAUCGUAAAUUUCUUUUAUGGACGUUUCCAAAACAAACCCAAAGAAAUCGCUGUUAUUUUUAGCUGCUUUUUUUUUUUUUUUCUUUUUUGGCCGAGCCUCCCCGCUCCGUUUUGCUUUUGGUUUGUUUGUGUUGGUGUCGGUUUUGCUUUUUUUUUUUUCCCUUCUUCUUCCUUAAGAAUCCUAUGGCAGACAGGAAGGCCUUGGAGAAAUUCCCACCUCUGCCCUUCCAGACGAUUUCAGCAAACCUAUUCAUAAGAAAGGCGCUGCUGUUUGCUAAUUAAUUCCCGGCUUCUCAGCCAGGGUAGAGGAGUUUACUUUUUAAUAAGACUUAUUUAUCAUGCCGAGGGAACCGAAUGAGAAUAACUCCAGCAAGGACAUCACUCUCGCCGCAGACAAUAAUACAUCUCGGCGGAAGAUGCAAUGCAGAUCUGGGAAUGCAUAAAGGAUUUAAUCAGUGCAAAAAAACCCCAAACCGUCCCUUCGUGGGCACUUUGUCUGCGGCCGUGUUAAAAGUAGAUGGGGCUUUCGUCUGUCGUGAGAGAGGAGCUCAGCAGCCGGGGAAGGGAAGGGAGGAAAAAGCUCUUAUUUAUUACCGAGCCGCGGCUGCUGUCAAACCCCAACGCUCGGAUCUAUCGCAUGAGACUUUUUAUCUCCACCGAGUUUAUUUUGUUUAUUUUAGAGGAACGGAGAGCCCAGACGCAAUUAAAUAUACGGUCAGCUUCCAAUAGACAGCUGGAAACGGCCUGUCACGUGGCCUUGGGGUGCCAAUGUUCUGCCAUAGGGGUGUCAAGACCCUGGUAGCUGGAAAAAUCAUUUGGGGAAUCCCGGAGAUGCAGAAGACAACGUACUACGAAAGCUCCACUCUCUUUGGGGGCUAUUCCUAUGGGAGCACCAACGGGUUUGGCUACGAGGGCCCCCAGCAACCCUUCCAACCGGGUUCCCACGUGGAGAACGACUUCCAGAGGUCCGCCUGCUCCCUCCAGUCCCUCGGCAACACGACCCAGCAUGCAAAAAGUAAAGACCUGAAUGGGAGCUGUAUGAGGCCGAGUUUGCCCCAGGAACACCAUCCGCCUCCGACUGUUUCACCACCCCCAAACCCCACCACCAACAGCACCAGUAGCAACAGCAAUAACCAGUCAGGGAGCAGCAAAAGUGCCCCGAGUAAAGCCAACCUCAGUGCAAACUCCAGUCUCACCAAGCAGAUUUUCCCCUGGAUGAAAGAAUCGAGGCAAAACUCGAAACAGAAAAGCAGCUCCCCUAGCACAGCAGAAACCUGCAGCGGCGAGAAAAGCCCUCCGGGCUCCUCGGCCUCCAAGAGAGCCCGCACAGCUUACACCAGUGCUCAGCUGGUGGAGCUGGAGAAGGAAUUCCACUUCAAUCGCUACCUUUGCCGGCCCCGACGCGUGGAGAUGGCCAACCUGCUGAACCUCAGUGAGAGGCAGAUCAAAAUCUGGUUCCAGAACAGGAGGAUGAAGUAUAAGAAAGAUCAGAAGUCAAAAGGGAUGGGCUCUUCCUCCGGAGGGCCUUCCCCCGGCAGCCCUCCCCAACCCAUGCAAUCUUCCGCCGGGUUUAUGAACGCCUUGCACACCAUGAGCAGUAACUAUGACGCCCCUUCCCCACCUUCCUUCAAUAAGCCCCACCAAAAUGCCUACGCCAUGUCAACUAACUACCAAAACCCCAUCAAAGGCUGCCCCUCCCAACAGAAGUACACCAACACGGCCCCCGAGUACGACCCCCACGUGUUACAAGGGAAUGGGGUGACCUACGGGACUCCCAGCAUGCAGGGAAGUCCCGUCUACGUUGGAGGUAACUACGUGGACUCUCUGCCCACCUCUGGCCCGUCCCUUUACGGCCUCAAUCACCUCCCACAUCACCAGGCGGCCAGCAUGGACUACAACGGACCCCCGCAGAUGCCUCCAAGCCAACACCAUGGACCAUGCGAGCCCCAUCCCACCUACACAGACCUUUCCUCGCAUCACGCAUCUUCUCAGGGCAGAAUCCAGGAGGCCCCAAGCUGACCCACCUGUGAUCGGGAGCAGGGAUGGGCUCGAGUGAACUGGAUGGCAACCAACACAUGAGUUGGAGGGGGCACGGGGCAGGACGGCCUUCAGAAACAUUUGUGUUGAGCUGUUUCCUUCCUUUCUUCACUUAGGCAAGUUCUACCAAGCUGUUGAGUUUGCCAGUGUUAUUUCCGGGUUCUGUUUGGCCCAAUUGCCAAGGGUUUCAGUAUUUAAUGUCUAAAGCAUUUCUCUCUCUGAAAAGAUAUACCUCCUGCGUGUCAACACAAAUGUUUCUGAAGUGGCUUUGGGGGAGUUUUAUGGGAACCUAGGAGAUUUUUAGCAGCGACACCCCUUAAUUUCCAAACCCAGGGCAGAUUAUCACUGAUAAUUCUUGGUCAGUGGAAAGCAGAUGGCAAGCCAAACCUUCACAGUUGGUGCCUCUGCAUCUACACCUGGCUUACACAGGUUAGCACAAGGGAUGCACAAGAAAAACUGCCCUCCACUUCAGUCUUCAAGAGCUUUGAGCUUUCCUCCCCAACCUCCAGAGGCAGGGCAUCCUUCUUCGCUGAGUUACUUCCCACCAAUCCCCACACAAAAGGCAAAUAUACACACCUGCCAACGCGUGGGAUCCACGCUCUUCCCCUCCCAUCCACGCCUCCCCUCUCAAAAAUCAUAAUGGAAAAUAGAAAAGAAAAUGAGAGAGGUGUAAGAAUUGCAAAAAGGUUUAGGAAAAGAGUUUCUAAAUUGCUUGAAACCCCACCGACAGGAACGGCAGCCCAAAGAGAGGAAGAAAAUGUUGACAGGUCUGAAUAUUUUCCACCUUUGCCACCGAUGAAGUGAAGUUUCCAUUUGAUGAUACCAGGGUUUUUGGGGUUUUUUUUUUUGGUUUUCUUUUUUUUUCUUAGGGUUCAUUAAUAGAAAAGCAAUCUUAAGACUUAGAAGUCCUAUGCUUCUUUCCUCCUCUUCUCUUGACCUUACGUGAAAACAGGGUAUAUUUGAACAAAUGGAAUGUCCUCCAAUGGAAGCAGAAGUGAAUGGAUCUCUAGGAUUUGCUAAUGCUUUAUUGUCUGGGCAUCUUUGUUGCACUUAGAGUUUACAUAUAAUGGGUAUAAAACAAGUUUGAAGGGCGUUCAUUGAACUCAGUCGAGACGUCCUUCAAUAGGUGUGUGUUCUGGUGAACAUUCAUAUAUAUUUAUUGGUUAUAGCCAGUUUAAAAUAUUUUCCUUUUUGUAUUAUUUAUCCCCAAUAUUAUGUAUUUAUAUGAGGGAAAAAAAAAAAGAAUCAAAUUGUACUUUUUAGUAUUUACUUGUUAUAAAGGACAUUGUGUUUCCUUGUCAUUGUACAACAAGCUUAUUUUAGUUACUGUAAUUUAGAAAGACGAGUAGUUUUAUGUUACCUUCGUACUUAUGAAUAAUGUAAUUAGUUCUACUGGAGGCAUGAGAGCAGAACCAGACUGUAAUUGUAUAGUCCUGAAUUAGAAGAACUAUAGCUAAUCCCUCCCUCCCAUCUUGCCCCUCCUCUUUGGAGAUCUUUCUUUGUUCUUAUAGUAGUUAUUUUAUUUCCUUGCUUAAGGGUUGUCUGUUGAACAAUUCUUGAAUAAACUUUCUGUUAUCAAUUUCA